UUGCUAUAUUCUGUAUUCUUGCUAGUUUCUCCAUUGUACUUAACUUCGAAAGUGUAAAUUCCCCAAAAUCAAAAUCCAGUGCAUCUUUGUUCUUUUUUGAAUUUGGUUUUUGAUUUAGGGGAAUUUAGGCAUUUCUGGCUACAAGAUGUCCUUCUCGAUUGAUUUUCCUGCUAAACGUAGUGAUUUAUGUGGGAGAUGGAUCAGGCAGGGAACCCAUCACAAUCUUAAUGGUUUCCAAAAACGGAAAGAUGAAAAGGGAUGUUUGAUGUUUGUAUCUGAACUACUCUUUCUUAGAAUUAAUUUGAAUUCUAGGAACCCAUUCACUCUUUCUUCACUCACUCUUUCUCACUCUCUCUAUCAUCACCAUCAUCAAUAGUUUAGAUCUGUUUGUGUUUUAAGGAGGAAGAAGUGCUGUUUGCUCAGAGAUCUUGAUUUUCAAGUUUCAGGUACUGGGAUCUGCAUUAACUUGAGAGUGAAGAAAAGAAAUGAGGUUUCAAUUGUUCAUCAUUUUCAUGGUCAUGAGCUUCAUCGUGGCGGCCGGUUCGGUUGAUCAUAAUACUAGUUGGCAUAAUGGCGAAAGUAAUCAGAAUUCACCAACUUGGAGAGAAGAAAAGGAAUUGAUUGUACCUUUUCCGUCUUUUACUAGGGGACCCCAUGAGAUACCAGAUGAGGUACAUCAUGGAUUGUCUACCAGGGAUUGGCACUGCGAUAGCUUUAUGCGCCAUAGCAGUUGGAUGUGGAGUCUGGUUCUAUUGCUUUCGCACUCGCGCUGCUUUGGGAGGAGGAGGAGUACCACAGCUACAGUUACAGCCGCAGCUACAGUUACAGGUGCAGCCACAACCAGAGUUACGACUACAGCCAGCAGCGCCACCACUAGAGCCAGCUGGAGGAGCUCUGGGAGACAUACAUGGUGGCGUUUCGGUAGCUGACAGUGAGAGUUCCGUUAAUCGGCCCAUGAGUAGCAGUACUAGCGGCUUCACAGGUUUUAGCGGACGCUCAUAGGAUUAUAGUGGCUUCUUGUUUUCGGAUCAUGUUAAUUCAUCGCACUCCUUAGUACUUGUUGGUUGUUGCUUUUGGACAGAAUCAGUCAUUAAUAUGAAAUGUUGGGAACCAAAAACAAUGACAGAAAAAUGAUAUGAGAUACUCUAAACUUAGGGCCUAUGAACUACUGUUUUGUUAACCUUAUAGGUGCUUCAGGAGGAAUUUUUCUCUUAUGGAAAGAUGGCAUUCAGCUAGAUAUUGUAGAUGCUACUACAAAGUUCAUAUUUCAUUGUUUGUCAUUCUCAAAUUGAUGCCAAAAGUAGUAAAUCUUUAAUAGUUCUCAUGUAUGGUGCUCUGAAUAGUGUUGACAUACAAGAUCAAUGGGACUUUCUGUAUAGACUAGCUGGUGCAUUUAGAGCUUCUCCAAUGGUGUUUAGAGCUUCUCCAAUGGUGAAUGUGAAUAUUUCAUAUGUGGCAUCACUUUUAA